UUUGAGGCUCUUCUUGACUUAAACCCUGUUGAUCCUUCCUUGUCUCCAGUGUUAGUAAGAGAUGUAUUUCUCUUCCUGCUCAUCCAACCAUUAGUCUUCAAGUAUUUACUAUUCUUAGAAUUGGUCCCAAUAAUCUUAUGGGAAGAGUUAUAGUUCAACCCAGAGUUACCUCCAUUUUGGCAGAUUUUAAAAGAUUUCUUCAAUUUAUCACAAGCAGCCUUUCUGUCUCAUUGUGUGUCCUUAAGGACUUUUUCUUGGAACUUAGACAAGUUCUUCCUAGAGUAUAGGUCAUUCAUCUCUCUUUCUCUCCGAGUCGUUUCUGAAAAAUAUGAGAAAUAUCCGUUUGUCUUGUAGAAUGCAUUGGGUUUACUCCUAAUAGUGUUAUAGUAAUUAUCCCGGUAGGUUGUAUGGCUCUCUAUCUCCAAGCUUGGAGGUUGCAGUAUCUUAUGCACAUUGUUAAUUCAGUCAAAUACUUUACUAGGCUUCUGAGGAAAACUCAUUAUUUGACCCUUUUUAGGAGAAGUGUUCUCCUUGAUGUUGUAGUCAUUGAUGUGAACCACCUCUUUACCUCGGCGAACCCUGAUUUUUAGAUUGCUUUUCCAUUAUUUUCUUCACAAGAGGUAAGUCUAUAUUACACAACAGUCUCUGGUUGGAUUUCCUCAGAGCAUCAUUAAAUUUCCUCUUCUUGUCAAUGGAUCCCAGCUUCUCAAGAUUUAAGGACUUAGUGCGGGGAUCAUCCUCAGGCAGGAUUUUAAAGGUGGGAAUUUCCUGCGAGGAUUGAUAAACACUAAAUUUAUCUUUUAUAGUGCCUUUUGGAGAUUUCAUGGUAGAAUACCUGGUCAGAGAGCCUCAGCUAUCAUAUCUAUCGUUCUGCUUGAGAUCCGUUUUAGCUACGAAAUUCUGUAAUGGGAAAUUUCUAUCACCCCAAUGUCUGUUCAUUAUACCCUCCAAGGAUUCUGUGCUACUGAGCAAGUCUUUUGUGAUAACAGGUGAGAUUCAUUUCUUUCCAGUUGUUUUAAACUCUGGACUAUUCCUAUUCGGACUUUUGGUGUUAUUACUCAAUCUAAUAGCAUUGUUAAUCUUGAGAAGUUAUCAAUUAGACUGCUUAUGAGAGGGGUAUUAUCACUUACGUGUUCCCUCGGUAAUCUGUUUGUCCUAGUUUGUGCAACAUUUAUUAUUACAAUUGCAAUAUA